AUGUUUGAUGAAGAUGGCGAGUACAUCGGACCAGCCAUCGAUUGGAGCGAACCCGAGGAAACGCCCGAGGACGACGGGAACCCGAUUCCUGCGUACCUGCGCGACAUCUUCGCGAAAGACGCCAAACCAUCGGUGAGACGUAGCUCUGGGUCCGUCACUACGGGCGUACGAUUGGAAAACGUUCGUAAGACGUUCAAGAAUAUGCCAAUCUUGGACGGCGUGAACUGGGAUUGUAAAAAGGGCGAGCGCGUCGGAUUAGUCGGCUGGAACGGUGCGGGUAAGACGACGCAAUUGCGCAUCAUCACUGGUGAGAUGGAAGCAGACGAAGGUGAAAUCAUGCUCGCGGAUGGUGUGAAGAUUGGUUACCUGACGCAAGAGUUUGAGGUCAAAGAAUCCAACACGGUUCGCGAAGAAUUCAUGGCGAGUUACGGCGACGAAACUAAAAUCAUGGCUGACAUCGAACGCAUCAACAAAGAACUCGAAAACAAUCCAGGAAUGGAGCUCGUUCAACUCUUAGUGGACAAGCUUUCUGAUUUACAACGCCAGGCCGAUCGUCUGGACUUGUUCAAGAUGGAGCGUGCGAUUGAUAAAAUCAUGCCAGAGCUUGGCUUCGUGCCCGAAGACAACGAUCGCCUCGUUGCCUCUUUCAGCGGUGGCUGGCAGAUGCGUAUUUCGCUCGGUAAAAUUUUACUCCAAGAGCCCGGGCUUUUACUUUUCGACGAACCGACAAAUCAUCUCGAUCUGGACACCAUUCAAUGGCUCGAAACUUACUUGAAGUCGCUCGACGUCCCGAUGGUCAUCGUCUCGCACGAUCGCGAAUUCUUGGAUCAACUGUGCACAAAGACUGUUGAAAUUGAGCGCGGCAAAGCGACGACUUACAAAGGUAACUAUUCGCAGUACUGCGCCGAGAAAGAAAGCAGAGGCGCGCAACAGAUGGUGGCGUACGAAAAAUGGCAAAAGGAAGUGCAGCGCCAACGCGAUAUGAUUUCGCGUUUGGCGGGCGGCGGGCAAUCCGGUCGAGCGACUGCGGCACAGAAAGCUCUCGAUAAGCUUCAAGAAGAAGCAGUUGAAAAGCCGUGGAUAGCAAAGAGACGUCGAUUCUUCUUCCCCGACUGUCAGAGAAGCUCGCAAAUUGUCGCGCGCGUCGAAAACGUUACUCACGGGUACGAUGAAAAGACGCUCUUCAAAAACACAUCUCUUGAAAUCACGCGCGGCGAGCGUGUGGCCAUGAUCGGUGAUAACGGGUGCGGAAAAUCAACUCUCAUGCGAUUGAUUCAAGGACGCGAGACACCGAUUUCGGGUGUCGCCCAAAUUGGCGACUCUGAUUUAUGCAAGGUCAACUACUUUUACCAAAACCAAGCCGAAGGCUUAGACAGGAACAAGGGUGUACUACAAACCCUCGUCGAAGCGGCACCGGACGCGCAGUUGAACGACUUGAAAGCAUUGCUCGGUCAAAUGGCGUUCAGCACGCCGUUUCACGAGAAGCCCGUCAAAUUUCUGUCUGGAGGAGAAAAGGCGCGCCUGGCGCUCGCCAAGUUUAUGGUGACGCCAGCAAAUGUGCUUUUGCUCGACGAGCCAACGAAUCACUUGGAUAUUCCGAGUAAGGAAAUGCUUGAAAACGCGAUUCGCCGGUUCGACGGCACCGUCAUCGCCAUUUCGCACGAUCGUUACUUUUUGCGGCAAAUUGCCACGCGCGUAUUGGCUUUUGACGAAGGUGCGAUUACCGAUUACGCCGGCGAUUACGCAUACUUCUUAGAAAAGAACGACACGGCGGGUGCUCGGGACGCCGCGCUCGAGUCUAAGAAGAAAAAAGUCCAGCAAGAUCAAAUUGUUUCGAAAUCGAAGAUGAGCAAGGCAGAAAAGGCACGAUUGAAGAAGGAAAAGGCGAAGAACUUCUCGUCAGGAAGCGGCGCGGCGAAAGCAAAGAAGAACGCAGGGCGCUGGAAUUAAUCGAAUGUACAU